AUGGAAGAUGGGGCUCGGACCGAAGGGUCAACAGCCAAUUGGACAGGUAUGGCAAUGGCCAAAAAACAAUCAACGAUGGUUGAGCCAUUGUUGAUCACUGUCCUCGUUGACCAUCUCCUGCUUCCACCACCUCUCCAUUGGCUAUCCAGCCCUGAAAAUGCGUCAAAAAGUCAGAGCCCACCUGAGGAUGUGGGCCAGCCCACCCUCCUCCUCCAACUCUCCCUUGCCAUCAAGCUAUCGACACCCCCAUCUCAGAUUUUAGCCCCACCAGGGGCUGCUUGGACCCUCGACUGCCCACACCAACUGGCCGCCCUCUCGACCUCUCACCCUCACCCUCUCAACCUCGUCUCUCAUCACUCACCCUCUUUCCCUCUUGCCCUCUUGCCCUCUUGUCCUCUUGUCCCUCGCCCUCGCCCUCUCGAACUCUCACCCUCUCGACCUUGUCGCUCGUCGCUUGCCCUCUCGCCCCCCCCUCUCGCUUCUCUCCCUCUCUGCAUCCUUCACCCACCCCUCCCCCUCAACAGGGAUGUGGGUGCCAGAAGCGAUGAAUGA